AUCACUUCCAGGAACGCUGUUGAGCGCUUUUAUCUUCUCAUUUAUUAGCGUUAGUCAUUCCCAAGUCGUCGAUCACAAAAAUACAAGCAUUUGUGCAAGUUAUGAUAGAAGUGAUACAAUGUUUUUCAAACUGAUUAUAAUAUUUCUUUCACUUGCAACAAUUUCACGAGGAAAUGAAGUUUGCCUUUGCUGUGGUGACCAAACAAUUAAUCAAAACCUCAGAGAUUGCAGAAAUGUGGCCAGGCAGGCUACAAGUGAAGAAAUUGAGUACUUAAAAGAUUUCUGCCAUGCUCAACCAACAGAAAUGGACUACGAACAAUCCCAGUAUCGCUACAAAUUAGCAUUUUUGGAUCAAUUCGAUGUUAAUUCUGUAUCUUCUUUUGGAUUACCUACACGCAAUUGCCAAAGUUCCUUUAACAGUUUAGAUGGCUUAUUGUACUUGGUCCCUGAGAGUACAUCGGAUCUAUUUUAUCGUUUUCAAUAUACAAAUCGAUGCUAUGCGGGUCUGCAAAUUGAAGAUCGAAAUGGAGAGCAGGUUCGAGUACCAGGAGUAAUGUGCUAUAGUCAAUACGAUAGGGAUGUUGUGAACUUUAAAGCAUUCUCCGAAACGUACAUGCCCGAAACUACAAACAUUACAAGAUACAUGUAUUUUGUUCGUCAACCAAUAUUCUAUAAAAUGACAAAGAUCUCCUAUAAGAAAGGUGAUCGACUUAAUGUCUAUCCUGUAUUCGAGAAAAACCUAGGUCAGUAUACAAUGUGCAACGAUGCCGAUACCGAAGAAAAAUUCACAAUAACUAUCAACUACAAGAAAAUCAUAGAUUUUGAUUUCGAGUCCUACAAAUUAUUUCCUUGUCUAUAUUCUGAACUUGAAAGCGACGAUGGAUUUAACCGCUUUAAUGAUGUAAAUCUGCCAGGAUUGUUUGAAAUAUUGGAUAAGGAUAAUAAUUAUGCACCUAGAAAAAUUCCGAUAAGCAGAUCCUGCAUAGACAAUCUUCCAUAUACUUCAAAUAUUCAGAUAAAAGUUGACUUAGGCACGACUAUACCCCCGCACAGUUGUGCUUCAGCAAAAGGCAAAGUUCUUAUACGAAGGUACGACACACAAAUUAAUGCUACAUUUAAUGUCCAUUUAGCCAACAUGGGCAACUUCACAGAUCACACUACUUUGCGGAAAUCUGCGACGAUAAUUGAGUAUGAAAAAGAGGACGUGAUUUUAGAUGACAUUAAAAUUUCAGGACGUAACAGCAUCAUUAUCAUAAUACCGCUCUAUGUAGCGUACUUAAUUCUUGGAUGUGUUGUUGGAAUGAUCUUUUUCUGUCUCUUGCUCUUCACUGUUAUCAAAUCAAUGAAUUAUGUGGAUAAAGCAAACUUCAGAGACAAUUGGUACAGAACCUCAGAACGCUUCAGUGCUGCAGCUUUAAAUGCAGCUGAAUUUACGAAGGCUAAAGGAGCAAUAUUAGGCGAUAAAUUAAUAAGACUUGGGGAUUAUAUUUGCAAUGUGGGACACUGGAUUUAUCUGGAGAUUGAAAAGUAAAAUUUAAAGAAAAAAACGAGUAGGGGAAAUGCUUCUAAUUUUGUCCAGUUUCUUAUUUUGGACACUUUGAGGAUAACAUUGGACACUAAAAAUAAAUUGAUUAAAAUGAUGGAUUUUUAUUCCAAUAUUUGAUGAAUAAUGAAUUCUAUCUAAAUAUUUGUUCUUUUUGGAAGAUUUUAACACUAAAUACGUUAAAAUUUGAAUAUGAUUUGAGUUGAAAUUGCUUUGUUGAAAAUUCAGUGUGAGCAAUUGCUUACGAGAAAUAUGACAGAACUUCGUGGCUUACUUCAGUCUUAUUUAGUUUUGGUGAAGUACUAACAAAGUUUGUUCGCUGUUUUUGAGUGAUAUUAUUGAAUAUUCAUUGAAUAUUGUGUUGAUUCACGUUACUGAUGAUUUGUACAUUUGACCUGAAGUGAGAUUUGCCUUGUGAAUUAUAUUUUUCGUGUGAAAAAUGGGAAAUUUUUUAAGACAUUCACCAGUGAGGUGAUGAUUCUUAUUUUGGACAGGUGUUUUUCUCACGAAAUUUCGUGAAGUUUUAGCUUUUGUGAUGGCUAGGUUGGACAAAUGCCUGGAGAAAUGAAGGAGCAUCAUCUCUACGAAAGAGAUGCAGUGAGAAAUGCCUUGAAAGGCUCCCGGAAAGGUCAGGGAAUGAGCGAAUCCGCACGUACUUGGAGUACCGAAGUCAACUCACUUUAAUGAAUGAUAUGGAAAGUUUCUGGGCUUUUUGUGACAUUCCACGUUUCCCUUACAUGACCAGGAAGAGGACUUGGUAAGAUUGGUUCAUAAAAUGAAGAACAAUGGGCAUCCUGUUGAGGCGGAUUAUCUGUCCAAAUUUACAGACAAGUUGUAAAAAUUAAUAACCAAGUUGUCCAAAAUAAGAGUCAAAUUCACCUCUACAUAUCAAUUCAUUUUUAAACGUAUUAAAACUAAUUUUAGUAAAAAUGAGAUGAUAAAUAGCUUGCCAAGUUUCUAAACAAUCCUUCUGAAAAGAGAGUAACAAGAAAAGUCAAUUAGUAUUGAAAAUAUGGCACUUCAAACUUAGGAUAUCGAUGCUUAUAUGCAGACUGUCCAAAAUUAGAAGCACUUCCCCUAAUCAGCUUUAUAGUGAUAUACAAAAAUAUUAAUUAUUGACUACACCAAGAAUAAAUUGGUUAACAAUUCA